UUUGUCAGUUCCUGCAUAGACUGAAAGAGUUUGUUUUUCAGAUAUCUAAUAUUUUCUUGGUAAACUCACAUUCUCUGUAGUCACAGAGUGAAAGUGUGUUGUUUAUUUUGCCAUUUGUCAUUUGUUUAUAUUGGUAUGCUGCUGGUAACUGCGAUGCAUCAGCUGUCUUCAAGAAUAUUUUACAUAUACACGACGAGAUGGCAAUCAUAGGUGUUUGACGUGGUAGGAUGACGUGAUGACCUGGUUUAUAACCUGCAGCUUCACAUUCCUCCACAUAUACCUGGUAUCAUCUAAAGCAAUCCUCUUUCCUCCAAUGAACCUUACUGUGAACCUGUUGGAUUUUAUCGCUACCGCUGAAUGGAUACCUGGACCAGGGAACCCUCCAGGCACCAGAUAUACCAUGGAGUCUAUACCUCUACAAAACAUAUCUGGAGGAAAGUGGAAUCGAUCUCCAACCUGCUCAGGCAUAGCCACACUGAAAUGUGACCGGACCUUUGACCAAUCCGAAGAUCUUCAUUGGAAUUACUUUCUAAGGGUCAAAACCACGUUUAAAGGGAGGAGCUCCAAUUGGACGACUAUAUCAAAGUCUUUUCAGCCAUACGGGGAAACUCGCCUGAGCUCCCCAGAUGUAAACAUCUCAACUGAGCGACACAAGAUUUCCAUAAAUUUCAGCCACAGGCUGGAAUUAAAUCCAUGGACCAAACCCCUGGAAUUCCUCAUAUGUCUCUUUGAGUGCGAUUCUGAUGGGUUGAACUCUAAGUUUGUAGCCCAGGCAUCAGCCUCAACAUCUCCUCAUAUUUUUCUUGAUGUGCCAUCUGGCAAGAACUACUGUGUUAAUGUUUCUGCUAGUCAUCAAAAAGUCUCGCAGAAAAACAACUUCAACGCGACCAGAUGUUUCUUUAUGUCAGAUUCUCCAAAAAGUCAUUCAGGUGUAAUUGUGUUUAGUGUGGCCAUGGUGGCUAUUGCAGUCGGGGUUAUUUUGACGUCCAUCUAUAUUUACAUAAAGAUGAUUAAAAAUAAGGAUAGAAGACUUCCAGGAGCUCUGUUAGUUUUUGCAGGAACUAAAAUGGUCUUAAAUUUUUGUCCUGAGAAAAUACAUGUCAUUUCAUCGAUGUGGUCGAAUGCAGUUACGAACACAGAGAAUGCUUCUGCAUCUGAGGAGAAUGAUUCUCUACUCUACCAUCCCAGACAGUGUACAAAUAUUAUCAUCAGUCCAUCAUCUGUUAUCAAGCAAGAACCUGCCCUCCAUCUACCAGACCCUGUUGAGCAGGCAGAAUCCCUGAAUCGAUGUUUCUCAAAUUACAUUUUAGCUACUGAUUUGGAAGAGAGUGAAGAAAAUGUAAUAUCUGAAUACGAUAAUUGUAAUACCCAUCUUGGCAACGCAGUCGCAUUUAUUUCUACCUCAAACCUUUCAUUGUCUUCCGAGUCUGAAACACCACAAUUACAUACUGUGAGGAUGAAGCUGGAUAUAGAUGCAGAGGAAAUAGAGAGUUGGGGUGACGAGGAGGAUGAUGUCUCAUUCUGCGAUGAUUCUUUCUCAAAUGGCGGCUACGAGCCAAGGGUUAAUCCAAGAGUUUCUUAAAGUGGAUGGGUUUCAUGAUAUUUAAAAUGUUUAAAGGAAUAGUUCACCUAAAAUUCUGUCAUCUUUUAUUCACCCUCAUAUGGUUCAAACCAUGUAUAUGACUCCCUCUUCACAAAAGAAAAUAUUUUGACAUAACGGUCAAUUAACACUGAAAUAAUAUUUAUUUGGGGGUGAACUAUCUCUUUAAGACCACACGAGUUCAGACCUGCUGGACAUGCAAGAACUCCCUUAUCAAGAAUUCAUGACCUACCAGAUCAGACUCGGUACACGGAUACAUUUUUGAACACUUGAGCCAGCAAGCAGUGAAGUGGAACUCUUUCUGACAGAGUUGGACGAAACAUUGGACCCAACAUCCAGUAUUAUGGAAGAAUAUAAUAAUAAAUAAAUGUGCACUCAACACUUUGAUAACAGACUCUCGGUGUUACAUGAAGCAGUUUAAUAUCUGAUCAACCUGGAAGCUGGCCUUUUACUGUUUUAUUUGAAAUGUUACUCAUGUUCUAACCUGUAUUUUGACUUAUUUAAAUAUCAAUAAUGACUGCAUCCCACACUGUGUUAUAACACUAUUAGUGUAUGGCAUCUUUGUGCCUGUGACUCCAUUUUUCGUUUCUCAAAAAAAGACAAAAAAAUGUAUGCUAUACAUUUAUUUAUGUGUAUGACAUGAACAGUUUUGUUGAAAAUAAAUAGUGGUAAACAUUAAUGUGCAAUAACACCAAAAUGAAGUACAAUAAAUUGAUUUCUAUUUACA